AUCCGAGGCAUGUCGGUGCCUUGUGUUCUUGUACGAAACACCCGUCAGUUGCUGCUGAAUCAUGGAAUACGUUGCAUUUCACAACCGCGUCCAGGAUAUGAGUCUGGAAGUAGACGAUCCGUGACGACAUACCAAGCAGCCGUCGCUGCACCGGCCCAAUCUGACAAAGGCUCAUCGUCUACUGAUUCCUCUCAUAAAUUCAGUUUUCCUCCUGAAUUCGAUGUUGUCGUCGUUGGUGGUGGUAUUGUUGGAAGUGCAACAGCUCGACAGUUAAAGAUAGAACAUCCUAAUCUUAGAAUAUGUAUGGUUGAAAAGGAGAAUAAGUUAGGACGUGAUGGACGCUGGAUGGGCGGAGUUGUUGGAACCACUUGGCCAAUCACCGCUUAUGUUUCGGUGGAGCGCGAACUUCCCGCCCUCUUUACAGCAGCACAUCAAAGCGGUAACAAUAGUGGUGUUAUACAUGCUGGGAUCUACUACACUCCUGGAAGCCUUAGAGCCAAGCUAUGUGUCGAAGGUAUCGAUCUAGCCUAUGAGUUUCUUCGCGAGAAUAAUGUGCCACAUAAGAAAAUUGGUAAAUUAAUUGUAGCUGUAGAUCAAGAAGAAAUUCCAAGAUUGGAGGUGCGUCCUUUACGAAAGAGCCACAAAAAAUGGAUGCAAAAAUAUUGA